AUGGGCGCGCGGGCGAUCGCGUGCGGAUGCGCGCUCGCGCUCGCGCUCGCGCUCGCGACGCGCGCGGAGGCGUUCUAUCUCCCGGGCGUCGCGCCGGUGGAUUACGAGCGGGACGAUUUGGUCUUCGUCAAGGUGAAUAAACUGACGAGCACGAGCACGCAGUUGCCGUACGAUUACUACUCCCUGCCGUACUGUAAGCCGGAAAAGGUGAAACACGCGGCCGAGAACCUCGGAGAGGUGCUGCGGGGGGAUCGGAUCGAGAACUCGCUGUACUCGUUGGAGAUGCGUUACGACGAUCAGUGCAAAGUGCAGUGCCGAAGGAAGCUGACGGAGGCGGAGGCGAAGACGCUGGGGGAUAAGAUUAAGGAUGAGUAUCGGGUACAAAUGAUUUUGGAUAAUCUUCCGGUGGGCAUGACGCGCUACAUCGAGGACGAGAAGGGGACGAGGAAGAAGUACGAGAGAGGGUUCCCGGUCGGAUUCUCGUCGACCGAUGGCAAACGUUACGUGAAUAAUCACAUCCGAUUCACCAUUCUUUAUCAUAGAGAUCCGGAUACAGAUUUGAGUCGCAUUGUGGGAUUCGAGUGCGUCCCUUUCAGCGUGAAGCACACGUACAAGAAGUGGAGCGACGAUAAACCGGUUCUAAAGACGUGCGACCCUCGAAGCCAGGUGUACGUCUCGGAGGCAAGUGACCCGCAGGAGGUAAAGGCGGGUGAAGAGGUCGUCUACACGUACGACACCCUGUUCAAGGAGAGUGAUAUUCGCUGGGCGAGUCGAUGGGACACGUACCUCCUUAUGGCGGAUGAUGAAAUUCACUGGUUCUCUAUUAUUAACAGCAUGAUGAUUGUGUUGUUCCUCUCGGUAAUGACGGCUCUCAUCAUGCUUCGCACGCUUCACCGUGAUAUCACGGUGUACAAUCAGCUGGAGACUGCGGAAGAGACGCAAGAGGAGUCGGGAUGGAAACUGAUCCACGGUGACGUCUUUCGCGUUCCUGGGAACUACGUUUGGCUCUCGGUGCUCUCGGGCACUGGCGUACAGCUCAUCUGUAUGGCCACUGUGACCAUUUUCUUCGCCGUCCUAGGCUUUUUGUCGCCUGCGAACAGAGGUGGCCUGAUGACGGCCAUGGUUAUGCUCUACGUCAUCAUGAGUUACGUCAACGGCUACGUCAGUGCGUUCUUGUUCCGUAUGUUCAAGGGCCAGGCGUGGAAGAUGAACGCACUGAGGGCGUCGCUCUUCUACCCGGGCAUUUUCUUUGUCGUGGGGACCGCGCUGAACAUUCUCAUCUCGCGUCAAAAGAGCAGCGGCGCUAUUCCGUUCGGCACAUACUUCCUUUUGAUGUUCUUAUGGUUCGGGAUCUCCGUUCCGCUUACCUUUGUCGGUAGCUACAUGGGAUUCAAGAGGGACCCUCUCGAAGAGCCGGUUCGAACGAACAAAAUUCCGCGCCAAAUUCCGCCUCAGCCGUGGUACAUGCACGACAUCGUGGCGGUACUCGUCGGGGGCGUGCUUCCUUUCGGUGCGGUGUUCAUCGAACUGUUCUUCAUCCUUACCAGCAUAUGGUUACAGCAGUUCUACUACAUCUUUGGCUUUUUGGCUCUGGUGUUCAUCAUACUUAUCGUGACGUGUGCUGAAAUCACCGUCGUCAUGUGCUACUUCCAACUCUGCGCCGAGGACUACAGAUGGUGGUGGCGAUCAUUCUUGACCAGCGGCGCGUCCGCUGUCUACAUGUUCGUCUACGGCAUCGUCUACUACAACACCAGUCUCGUCGUCACGCAUAAAAUUACGACAUUCAUCUACUUUGCUUACAUGAGUGUCCUGUCGCUUGGUUUCUUCAUCCUGACGGGCGCGGUGGGUUUCUUGUCGUGCCUAACAUUCAUCCGCGCGAUUUACUCUAGUGUCAAGAUCGAUUGA